AUGACUUCUUCUGAAUAAAGAGAAUACAAUCGCGAUUCGUUUCUUCAUACAGAUAUGAAUCCGUCUCCGACGAAAAUGAAUACUAAUUCCACAUCUGAUGAUUCACGAAUAGAAGAAGAACACGACUGGAAAAGUUAUUUAAUUGAAACCAAUAGUGAAGCUGCACCAGCUGAGAAUUUCCGACAAGCAUUAGUUCCACCAGAGAAUACAUUUGUUGUGGGAGAAAAACUUGAGUCAAUUGAUCCAAGAAAUCAAGAUUCGUGGUGUAUUGGAACAAUUGUUGAAAAAGAUGGACCGAGAUUACGAAUUCGAUUAGAUGGAACUGAUGAUCGAAAUGAUUUUUGGCGUCUAGUGGAUUCAGCGGAUAUUCGCUGCUAUGGAACAACAGCAAAACUUGGCGGACAAAUUGUUCCUCCACUUGGUUUUCAACAAAACUCGACUCGUUGGGCGAAAUAUUUCGAGAAAAACGUUAAAGCGGGUCCAUUUGCUGAUGAAUCCUGUUUUAAACCGCAACCAGCUAAGCCUGAAAAGAAUCUUUUCAAAAAAGGUCAAAAGCUCGAAGCAGCCGAUCCUCGUCAUCCUGAUAUGAUUUGUCCGGCAACGGUUGAUAGUAUUAUAUCAGGUGAUCGUCGGAUUACGAUAUCGUUAGAUGGAUGGAGCACAGCGAAUAACUUCAAAAUUGAUUAUUCGUCAAGAGAUAUAUUUCCUGUUGGUUGGUGUAAACUUGCUGGCAUUCGAAUUGUAACAGUCGGAGGAAACCCUACCGCUCGAACAUCGAAUAAAACUUUACCUGUAACACCAAAUAAACAGAAUGGAAAUGUUCGUUCACAAUCGAAACCGAAGAAGAUAGUGGUUUCACCAUCAUCUAAUGAUUCAUCUUAUUCACCAACAACUAUGGAUGAAAAGAAUAAUAAUUUAGUUUCCAAACCCAAACAAACGAGAACAUCGAGUUUGAAAAAAGAGCAUGAAGUUGAUGAAAACAUCAAAACAGAACGUCCGAUUGUAACUGUAUAUUUAAAUUAUAUGGAUGAUAACAGUGGAAUGUUGUUAAAUCCACAAAAAUUUCGUCUGUCGAUGCCAUCGGUAUUCGGUCCAGCGGAAAUUCAUAUUGUUUUAGCAACAAUAUUCAAUUCUUGUGUUAAAUGUGCUUUUCAACAAACCUCAUUUAUUAAACGAAUUCUUGACAUAUUUCCAACGCCGAAAGACGAAAAUAAAGAUCUUUACACAGAAAUCAAACUGGAAAACGGAACAAUCGUUUAUAUAUCUCAACUGGAUACACUAGAUGACUUUUGGGACGUCAUUCGAACAUUUCAAAACGUAAUUUUAUCUGGUAACGAUCUAUUUACUUCAACACCACCAGUAACAUCAUUGCAUAACCAAAGUAACGGUUCAGCGUCGUCAUUUCUUGAUUCAUCUGUAUCACCCGAUAAAAGAGAUUUAUCUCCCGCAUACCGAUCAACGAUCAAUAAUACAACGAAACGAAAAAGUACAGAAGUUAUGUCACAUACAGACAAUAAAACAUUUAUCAGUAAUGGAAAAUCUGCGCGAUCGAAUUCAAACGAAAGAUCAGUUUAUGAUACAAGACCCUUGUUCGUUAAUAAUAAUCCAAUAACAGUCAGUCAACCAACUAUAAAACCGACGCAAAAUUGUAGCGGUGGUUCUCGUCGUCCUGAACGGUUUACACCGAAUGAAGUCGCAGCAUUUGUUCGCGGGAUAGAUCCAUCGUUUGAUAGUCUUGCUGCACGUUUUCUCCAAGAGGAAAUCGAUGGCAAAGCUCUUCUUCUUCUUAAUACAGACACACUUAUGCGACACAUGGGUUUAAAGCUUGGUCCAUCACUUAAAAUCGUUCACCAUAUUGAAAAAUUGAAAAAUUCCUAA